AGUGGAGCGGGAACCGGAAGCCAUCCGCCCACUAGCUUUCUGAUUGGCUUCUGCACUCCAUAUAUGCAGCCACAUUAGAAUCGUAUUUUGAUUUUCGUCAUGGGCUUCUACGCGAGAUGAUCUAGGUGCGUAUGGUAGCUUUUCUUUUUCUGGCGUCGUGAUGUGGGGUUUGCGAUAGAUACCUAAGUAGUGAGGCCUGAUCAGCUAGCACACGCUAUACCUUGGUAACUAUACAACAAGUCACAACCCCCAUGAUCGUUUCGGGUUACUAUUACCACUAUCUGUAAACCUUGAAAGAUGGUCUUCGGCCUGCUGGCUCUUGUGGGAACAGUUCCCUUGACCGCGACAUCCGUUCUCGCCCUACAGAGUCAAACCGAGAACGCGAAGAACGAUGCCGCUGCCGACGGAGAUGACGACUGGAAGGGCGAGAGGUGCCACAUGCGAUGCCGAGCGACUGCGAGGACGCCAGAAGACCGCAAAGAGUUGUUCAAGAAUAGUCGAAUCGUACUUUGUGGAGGGCGACUGUACGUUGAGCUAUCGACAUACGAAGGACCGGCACAUCACCCGUUCACCGGAUACUAUCUGCCUUUCCCAAAGAAGGAUUACGAAGGCAUUGUAUCUACCAUCUCAAAUGAUCCGCCACAGCUCAAUUGGGUAUAUCUAGACACCGACUCGGACAUCUUCCAGCUUAGCCAUGGACUUCGUGUUGAUGCAGAAGAGGGCCAAGCAGGUCCUUGGGAUGCCCGAUUUUGCUCGAACGGGGAGAGGCGGUAUAUUUUCGAGGGUUGGGAGGGGUUUAUUGCGGUUGAGACCGAGGGCGAGCCGGGGCUGUGGAGGCUUUGUUUCGACAAGUAUAACGAUGGCCUGAAGGGCAAGAUUCAAGAAGGCCAAAGAACUGUCGAGCUGGAAUUGGUACGUGAAGAGAUAGAGGGCUGAUCGUUGAUAGCGCUUCUUGAUGGUUUGCGCGAGUCUUGAACUGGGCUGCAAGCAGUCGUCAGAUCCUGAUUUUGGCGUCCACACUCUGCGUUUCGGCGCGUUCGCAACAAAGGUCUUGGAGACAAGACCAAACAAGCCCGAGCACGCGGGCCAUGCUCACAAGCUGGCCGCGCUCUUGUUCCCGAUCUUCAUACAGACCAGGCACUUGCCAGUCAUUGGUCAGAAAAAGUGUCCGAAAACAAGUUCAUGGAAACGCAUCUUGUACAUAGCUGCAUUUGCUAGACAGGUCUAAGCGUUGUUGAAUGCGAAGGAUCGAAUUGAAGAAGCACGAUGUGGCUGACGCGUGUCUCCGAUUCGCGAUCGCCCGGAGAUGACGUAGGCUAGCGCGACAACAAGCAUCACAACUUCA